UAAUGCCAUGCCCUUAUGAGAAGACUUUUGCAUCAUUAUUGGAAGACUAUGCUCUUGGAUUCUUUUCUUCCUCUGCAGACGAAAUCCAAAGCAAUCUGUUUGUUCUCAAGCAAAUAUGCUUUCAGAUACCACUGAAGGAGACUCCUCCUCUUCUUCACUCACUCCUCAAUGGAAGUACGAUGUCUUUCUAAGUUUUAGAGGUGAAGAUACGCGCUAUAAUUUCACAGACCAUUUGUACAAUGCAUUGCUUCAGAGGGGAAUCAACACCUUUAUAGAUAAUGAUCUUGCUAGAGGAGAAGACAUAUCAGGAGAGCUUCUCAAAACAAUUGAGGAUUCAAGGAUUUCAGUCAUCGUAUUCUCUGAAAACUAUGCAUCGUCAAAGUGGUGUUUGGACGAACUUGUUAAGAUCCUUGAAUGUAAAGAAUCAAAGAAACAAUUGGUUUGGCCAAUCUUUUACAAGGUGGAUCCAUCUGAUGUGCGGAACCAAAGAGGUAGUUUUGGUGAGGCAAUUGUGCAGCAUGAACACAAGUUUAAAGAUGACAUUGAAAAAGUCAACAGAUGGAGGGUAGCACUUUCAAAAGCAGCAGAUUUGUCAGGCAGCCAUUUCUUUGACGGUUAUGAAUCCAAAUUUAUCCAUGAGGUGGUUGAGGAGAUUUCGGUUAAGGUAUUAUGCCGCACAUAUUUGAAUGUGGCUAAGCAUCCAGUUGGGAUACAACGUCGUCAUCAAUGUGUGGAAGAGCUCUUAGGUGUUGGGGAAAAUGAUGUUCGAAUGGUAGGGAUAUGGGGCAUCGGUGGAAUUGGUAAGACUACACUUGCUAAAGCUAUUUAUAAUUCAAAUGCGGAUAAGUUUGAAGGUAGCUAUUUUAUGUAUAAUGUUAGAGAACAUUCAACGAUGGUUGGAGGCCUAGUCCAACUACAGCAGUCCUUUCUAUCUGAGAUUAUGGGAAAAAAGACGCUAGCAGUGGCUAAUGUUGACAGAGGAAUCAAUGUGAUAAAGGAAAGAGUGAGAAAUAAAAAAGUUCUCUUAAUUCUUGAUGAUGUCAAUCAAUUGGACCAGUUAAACAACUUAGCCGGAGGGUGUGAUUGGUUUGGUUCUGGCAGUAGAAUUAUCAUAACAACUAGAGAUAAGCAUUUGCUAGAUGUUCAUCAAGUUCAUUCAAUCUAUGAGGUUGAGGGGUUAGAUUUUGAAGAAGCUCUCGAGCUCUUCAGUUGGAAUGCCUUCAAAAGAAAUGUACCUUUAGAUGAUUAUAUGGAACUUGCAGAGCAUGCAGUAAACAAUGCCCAACGCCUUCCAUUGGCUUUGACAAUUUUAGGUUCUCAUCUUUGUGGUAGAAGCAUAGAGAAAUGGAAGGCUGCACUAGAGAGUUACAAAAGAGUUCCUAACAAAGACAUUCAAGGCAUUCUCAAAAUAAGUUAUGAUGGAUUGGAUUACUCUGAGAAGGAAGUGUUUCUUGAUAUUGCAUGUUUCUUGAAAGGGACGAAUAUGGACUAUGUGAAGCAAAUACUAGAAUCGUGUGACCUCGACCCUGUCAUUGGUAUUGAAGUACUUAAAGAAAAGGCCCUCAUAACUAUUACUAAAUGGAGCCAUGGUAUUGAGAUCAUUUGGAUGCAUGACUUGUUAGAAGAAUUGGGAAAAGAGAUAGUACACCAAGAAUCACCCACUGAGCCAGGAAAACGUAGCAGAUUGUGGUUUCAUGAAGAUAUAUACCAUGUUCUGAUAGAAAAUACUGGAACAGAUCAAGUUAAAGGCAUCAUGAUUCGGUUGCCCCGACGAGAGGUGAUAUGUUUGAGUGAUAAAUGCUUCUCAAAUAUGAAAAACCUUAAAUUCUUUAUAAACUGUAAUGCAUCCCUCUCUGGAGAUGUUGAUCAUCUCCCCAAUGAGUUAAGGUUCCUUGAUUGGCCUGGAUGUCAUCUACAAUCUUUGCCUUUCAAUUCUAAUCGGAAGAAGCUUGUUGUACUGAAUAUGCCAUACAGUCUCAUCAGACAAUUGGGGGAGGGAUUCAAGAAUAUGCAAUAUCUGAAGUCUAUUAACUUGAGAUUUUGUAAGUACCUCACAAGAGUCCCCGACUUUUCUGGAAUCCCAAGUUUAGAGAGGUUGAAACUAAAUCUUUGUAGACAAUUAGUUGAAGUUCAUCCUUCUGUUGGAGUCCUAGCUAAGCUUGUUAGCUUGAGUCUUGUGAAGUGCUCCAACCUUGAGAACUUUCCAAGAAGACUCAAGUUAAGAUCUCUAGAAAGUAUUGUUCUUCAAGGUUGCAGAAAGCUUGGGAGUUUCUCAGAAAUUGUGGGGAAGAUGGACAAUUUGAGAUAUAUGAAUCUACAGGGAACUUCAAUAAAAGAAUUGCCUCCCUCGAUUGGAUAUCUCAGUGGUCUUGAAAUAUUAAUUCUCGAUACUUGUGAAAGCCUUACAAAUAUUCUUCCAUGCAGCAUUUAUGAAUUGCAGCAUCUAAGGGUUCUUCGUCUCUCUAGGUGCUCAAACCUUGUUGAAUUUCCAAGUAGAAUGAACUCUGGAGCUUCGUCAAGUGCAGGGCCACUUCCAUUGCUUCUUUCAAAUAAUCAAAGCCAUGAUAUUAGUGACUCAGCUGUGUCACCUUGUGAGCAAGUUCAUUUCAAUCCCAAAAGAGACUUGUCCACAUUAGAAUCACUUGAUCUAUCAAGAAGCAAUUUUGUUAGUCUUCCUGUAUGGAUUAGCAAGUGUUCUAACUUGUUGCGGCUUAACUUGUGUUGUUGCAAGAAACUUCAAGAAAUUUCAGAACUUCCACCAAAGAUUAGAUGGCUAAGCGUCGGUGGUUGUGACUCACUGGAAAUAUUGCCAAUAUUGUCGAACUUGGUGGAACACAAUGUGUUGCAGGGCCUUCAGUGGAUCGACCUGUCUCAUUGCCACAGGCUCCUUGACAAUCUUUGCUAUGACACAACAAAGGUCGAUAACGCUAUUCGACAAAAUCAGGUGCUAUCUUGUCUGGAUUUUGGUGUUAUACUUCCAGGAAGUGAAGUUCCCCACCGGUUCAACCCUUUGAGGAGUUGCAGGAGUUAUGAGAUUAAAAAUUAUUGUGACAUUUGCAUUAUAAUACCUCCACCUUUGAAUUGGAAAAACGCAAGAUUGACUCUAUGUGCUGUUAUAGGAAUAACACAAAAUGAGUCUGGUCCCGGUAGAAUUUCAGCCUCAAGUUACAUCAACCAGCUAAUGAUCGAUGAAUUUGAAGAAUAUAUCUAUCCCUCAGACGCAUCAAGUACUGAUCAUGUGUGGUUGCGCUAUAUUUCGUUUUCAGUAUAUCCCCAUGAUGAUGAUGAUGAUGAUGAGAAUGACGAAGAGCAAUGGCUUCCUAGUACUUCUUUGUCUUUGGAACCAAUGAAUCCUCGAAAGCGGAAACAUAUAGAGGAGGAUCAUAACCUCGUCGCAGUCAGCAAUAGUACUGCUAAUGUUGAUGAUGCUCCACAGAAUGAGAAGUGGCUUUUGUUGUCCUAACGUUGAUCAAGCUUACAAAUUAAUAACUAUGAGUUGGCUCCUCCUUUUAGGAAACCUCUCUGGUUUGGUCUGAUACUCUGACUUGCAAGUUGGAGUGUGGCAGUAGAUUUUGGCUUUCGCUUUGCUCAUCAGUUUCUAUUCUCUUUUCCUUGUUCUGGUUCAUUUCCAUGAGUCUAGGCAUUGCAGCCGCUCAGAGCCUGCGUCUCCUUUUGCAGAAAAAUUAGUUUUAUUUCAGUGGUGCAUUUGGCUUCUAUACACAGCAAUUGAACCUUUUUUUUUUCCUUAUUAAGCAAGGAAACGUAGCUAACAAGCUAUUGUCUCCUGUGUACUGCAUCUGAUAUCGAGUUAUCGACCAUCAUUGAUGCUAAAGUUGCAGUUGUAGUGCUGGAGCCUGGAAGUCAGUAUGAUCACUAGGAAAACUUUGCCAUAUUGUUUAAUAAAUUCUGCCCUUCAAAACAAAACAUAAUAUCACUUUCAGUCUUUCACUUCUCAGUUGAUCUUUUGCAAAAUAGUUCACAAUUAAUUAGCGAAAAUGUGAAUGAUUUCAAAGUCCGGCACUCUGUCAUCUUCAAACUCAUCACUGUUGUUGGAGAUUUCAUCGCCAACAUAGUCGAUGGGUUUCACUAAAGCUAGUCUCAAGGUUGAUUUUUUCCUUUUUUUUUUUUCUCUAUGUAGAACACCACAUCUAAAAGAUCAAAGGUAGUCAUUUUGUUUCCUCUCUCGCACCAAAACCAAUAGGUAUAGAUUCUCAUUAUUCUAAAACUUAAUCAGAGAAUCAGACGUAACAUGUGACACGACCGUCCCACCCAAGACUAUCUUAACUGAUAAGUA